UUCUUUGAGAGCUCAAAUUUAAUAUCCUUUCUCUACAUUUUCAUAAUUUUUUAUUCACUUGUUUUUGUAGUAUGGAGCAAAUUUUGUCAAGGUACAACCAAAACAAUGAAGGUCCUGAACUUGCAACAGUUGAGCACUCUCCAAUUCAGAACGACUCGGCUGAGAUAAGCGCCCUGAAGGAUGAAAUCGAAAGGCUUCAAUCGAUUAAUCGCAAAAUGAUGGGCAAGGAGCUUGAAGGCUUAAAUUACAAUGAUUUGCACAACUUGGAGCAACAGCUUACUGAAGGAAUUCUGUCAGUCAAGGAUAAGAAAGAGAAAGUACUCCUGGAGCAACUUGAAAAAUCCAAACUGCAGAUUGAAGAGCUUCGACACCACGCGAGACUGAGCAGUAGCGAAAAUCGUCUGCAAAUUGGAAAAGACACGAGCUCGAGCAGCUUAUCUGAGAAAGAAGGAACUUCUGAUACUUCCUUGCGUUUAGGAUUUUCGUCUGUCGAUCUUUCUGGGAAGACAAAAGUAGCCAAACUCGAGCCAGUCGAUGACCGGAAAAAUGCCAUGAUAAUGGACUGAAAGGUGGUUUUUCAUGCAGAUAUGUGAUUACAUAUAUGCAAUUUCAUUUUUAAGAUGUUUUUUUGCCCCCAUGAAGUGAUAUGAACAUCAAAGCUCAAUUAGUUGUUUAAUUUUCUUUUUUUAUUUUUGGACCAAAUUUGUCUUGUGCCAAUACUAUGUACCCUUAAUAUAUAUUCAUUAAUAUUUG